AAAAGCUUUUUGUUUUCGUUUUACCUUUUGUUCUCUGUUUUGACGAUUCUUGCUAACAUAGCAAUUCAAUUCCGACUCACCCCAAAUUUUAUGCGAGUCAUCUUUUUCACAAUUGUUAAGUCACAAUUCCCUGCGGGAGACCCCUACUUUCCUAUACUAUAUGGAUUGAUAUUGUGGGAAUGUAGCUAGGGUUAAAUUAGUGCGCUUGUUUUAAGUGUAUCGAUCAUUGUAGCACCAGGCUCAGUGCUCCUCUUGUGGUUACGAUUAGGAGGCAGCGUCAACAGAUGGAUUAGUGGGUAACGUACACCAAAACAAGGAGAUGUUAUGGUGCGGUCGCCAACUCCCUCGUCGCCAUGUUAUUGACCAAUUCACAACUCUAGGCGCACAAGCCUUUUCAUCAAACCCUCUUCACUACUACUGUAACUACACAAAUCUCCUUGAAGCCUGCAUUCGAUCUAAAUCUGUCGCUCAAGCCAAGAUAAUCCAUCAACUUGUUAUAAAAGACAAUACCCAGAUCGAGGACAGGUCUCUUCUACUUGAAAAACUAGCCCGGCUCUACUUGACCUGUAAUCAAGUUGAGGUCGCACGCCGAGUGUUCGACGAAAUUCCCCAACCAAAUCCAAAUGUUAUUAUUUGGAACCUAUUGAUAAGAGCCUAUGCAUGGAACGGACCGUUUGAACGAGCCAUAGAGUUGUACUAUGGCAUGCUCGAACUGGGCGUUAAACCAAGCAAGUACACGUACCCUUUUGUUCUCAAGGCAUGCUCGGGUUUGCAGGCGCUACACGUUGGUCAAGACAUUCAUCAACAUGCGAAACGACUUGGGCUCGGCUCUGACGUCUAUGUUUGCACUGCUUUGAUUGAUUUGUACGCAAAAUGUGGAGACUUGGUAGCUGCGCAGAGUGUGUUUGAUGGUAUGCUGUAUAAAGAUGUUGUGGCGUGGAAUGCUAUGAUUGCUGGGUUUUCGCUUCAUGGUCUUUGUGGUGACACUGCAGAGUUGCUGGUUCAAAUGCAGAGAGCGGGAACUGCCCCGAAUGCCUCUACCAUUGUUGCGGUUCUUCCCACAGUUGCGCAAGCUAACGCGCUGAGCCAAGGGAAGGCCAUGCAUGGUUACUCCAUGAGGAGGAGGUUUAGUGAUGACGUGGUACUUAGUACUGCGCUUUUGGAUAUGUAUGCUAAAUGUCAGUGCAUAGUUUACGCGAGGAGAAUCUUUGAUGCAAUGAGUGUCAGGAAUGAGGUUUGUUGGAGUGCGAUGAUAGGCGGCUGUGAUUCCAUGAGAGAGGCAAUGUCAUUGUUUGAUGAAAUGGUGGUGAAAGAUGUAAGAAAACUGACACGAGUUACACUGGGGAGCAUACUCCGAGCUUGCACAAAGCUAACUGAUCUGAGUAGAGGGAGACGAGUACAUUGUUAUGCAAUUAAAGCCGGUUUUGAUUUAAAUACAAUGGUGGGCAACACCAUCCUUUCUAUGUAUGCAAAGUGUGGGAUUAUAGAUGAUGCAUUCAGGUUAUUUGAUAUAAUGGAUCCAAAAGACACGGUUUCUUAUGGGGCUAUCAUCUCAGGUUGUGUGCAGAAUGGUUAUGCAAAGGAAGCUUUGCUUAUAUUCCACCAAAUGCAGUUGUCUGGGAUUGAUCCAGAUUUGGCAACCAUGGCAGGUGUUUUGCCGGCUUGUUCACAUUUGGCAGCCCUGCAACAUGGGGCCUGUGGCCAUGGUUAUUCAAUUGCUCAUGGCUUUGCUACAGACACCUCAAUUUGUAAUGCCUUAAUAGACAUGUACUCGAAAUGUGGGAAGAUCCAUAUAGGCAGGCAAGUAUUCGACAGAAUGCUUAAGCGGGAUACUGUCUCAUGGAACACAAUGAUAGUUGGUUAUGGGAUUCAUGGCCUUGGGAUGGAAGCAAUUUCACAGUUCCACAAUAUGCAGGCAGCUGGAAUAAAGCCCGACGAUGUGACUUUCAUUGGCCUCUUAUCUGCUUGCAGUCAUUCGGGGCUUGUCACUGAAGGAAAACACUGGUUUAGUGCUAUGAGUCAAGAUUUCAGCAUAACCCCAAGGAUGGAACACUACAUAUGCAUGGUGGAUCUUCUUGCCCGAACUGGACUGUUGGCCGAGGCGCACAGUUUCAUUCAAAGCAUGCCAUUUGAGGCUGAUGUUCGAGUAUGGAGUGCACUACUUGCUGCAUGUAGGGUUCACAAUAAUAUUGAACUUGGGGAAGAAGUGUCCAGGAAAGUUCAAGGGCUAGGAUCUGAAGGUACCGGAAAUUUGGUCCUCUUAUCUAAUAUGUACAGUUCUAUUGGGAGAUGGGAUGAUGCAGCGCAUGUCAGAAUUAAACAGAAGGAUCAAGGCCUUAAGAAGAGUCCAGGAUGUAGUUGGGUCGAGAUUAAUGGGGUGAUUCAUGGAUUUCUCGGUGGAGAUCAGUCCCAUCCUGAAUCGGCUCAGAUACAUGAAAAAUUAGAGGAACUGCUAGUAGACAUGAAAAGGAUGGGAUAUUGUGCAGAAAAUAGUUUUGUUCUCCAAGAUGUUGAGGAAGAGGAGAAAGAAAGGAUCCUCCUCUAUCAUAGUGAAAAACUAGCCAUUGCUUAUGGAGCUCUUCAUCUGAGCCCGGGGAAACCCAUUUUUGUUACUAAAAAUCUGCGGGUCUGUGGUGAUUGCCAUGCUGCUAUAAAGUCCAUCUCUCUUGUUACAAAGAGAGAGAUAACCGUAAGAGAUGUGAGUCGGUUUCAUCAUUUCAGUGAUGGAAAUUGCAGUUGUGCAGACUUUUGGUGAAGAAGAGAAUGCAUGGGUGUAUUCAAUGCCGUCCCUGCCUCUUCGACUAUAUGAUAUCUGCCAAGGCAGUUUAAAAAGUGGGAAGAUUCAACACGAAGGAACUCAAAGUUUUCGGAAUGUGAGUCGGGACUUGAUGGUCCACUGUGAUCGUGCAAAAGUUCUCGGAGUCCACUGGAUACAGGAAUCUGUAGGUGAGUGCUUGAUACUGUUUUUAUCAUAUCAGAUCAUAUUGUAUCAUCAUGUAUAUAGACUUGGUAAACAAAUGGGUUGCCAUAAUACAUCAUAAAUUUGACAGAGAAUGAAAAUCCAAUGAGCUUCCCAAUAAGUGACAGAUGUUGGCCUCUCUUUUUCUGUAAGAAGAUAAUAUUAUUGUAAAGUAGUAGUACUCUUAUCUUGUC